AUGGUUUUUAAGCUUAAACGUGACCGCUCCCUCUUUAGUUUUCGUUUGCAAAAACCAACCAUCUUCCAUGGAUCCCCAAGACCCAAUGCCCCCCCCCCCCUGGAAACCCAGUUGGUCACCUCCACCGAUUCGCCCGAGUUCACUCACCUCACCUCCUCCCUAACUCGCUCCUCCAUCAUUGCGCUCGAUGCCGAGUGGAAGCCCCUCCGCUCCCACCAGCCCACUUACCCAACCGUCUCUCUCCUCCAGCUCGCCUGCCAACUCGGUCCCGAACUCCCUGCCGGCGACUCGGUCGUCGUCGUCUUCCUCAUCGACCUGGCCUCUAUUCCUCUUCCUUCAAUCUGGGAAUUGCUUAGGGAUGCUUUUGUUUCUCCUGAUAUUCUGACUGGUUUCCGGUUUAAGCAGGAUUUGAUUUACCUGUCGUCUACUUUCAGCUCUCAGGGUUGUGAUCCUGGGUUUGAUAGGGUGGAGCCGUAUUUGGACAUUAUGAGCAUAUACCAGCAUUUGCAACAAAAGCAACCUGGAAAGAGGACACCAAAGGAAACCAAGGGUUUGGCAACUAUCUGCAAAUAACUCCUUGACACAUCUCUUCUUUAGGAGCUACAAUGUAGUGAUUGGUCAUGUCGUCCUCUUACAGAAGAGCAGAAAAUGUAUGCAGCUAUGGAUGCACAUUGCUUGCUUGAAAUAUUCAAUGUCUUCCGAGUGAAGCUCAUCAAGGAAGGGAUCUUACCUCACUCUCCUUCUGAACCUCAUCCCCCUAUUUUGAACCUUGGGUUGAAACAAGUGCUGGAAACGAGUACUCAGCCUAUGGAUGCAUUUCUCAUGAAAGUUGUAAGAAAAUAUGAGGAAAAUAUUUAGUUGGGAGAAUCUGAUAAGAAAGCUAAAGCUACCAAAAGAAAAGGCAAACGACGGUCAUCCAUGAGUUACAAGCAAGGACAUUAUUUUGAUGAUUGGAAAGGUCCUGCACCAUGGGAUGUGAUAGUAGGGGGUGAUGGACAUCCAAAGUUUUUAUGUGAUGCUAUGGUUGAAGGCUUAGCUAAACAUCUAAGGUGUGUUGGUAUAGAUGCUGCAAGCCCAUAUUCGAAAAAGCCUGAACCCAGGGAAUUGAUAGAUCAUGCAAAUAAAUAGAAAAGAGUGCUGUUGACGCGGGAUGCUAAGCUACUUAGAUAUGAGUAUCUAAUAAAAAAUCAAAUAUAUAGGGUGAAGACUCUUCUCAAGAAGGAACAGCUACUUGAGGUGAUUGAAACUUUCCAGCUGAAAGUUAGUGAAGAUCAGCUGAUGUCAAGAUGCACCAGAUGCAAUGGUAGGUUUAUUCAAAAGCCCUUGGCGACUGAAGAGGCUGUGGAAGCCUCAAAGGGUUUUCAAAGAAUCCCGAACUGCUUGUUUGAUAGGAAUCUACUGUUUUGGCAGUGCAUGGACUGCAACCAGCUUUACUGGGAGGGAACUCAGUACCAUAAUGCAGUUCAGAAGUUCAUUGACGUCUGCAAGUUGAACGAGGAAGCUUCAUUGCUUAUAGCUUUAUGUGUAAUGGAUAGGCCAUGGUUGAUUUUUGAAUGUCCUUAA